GGGGGGGCGGCCCAGAGUGAAGGCGGGCGUGUGCCAUGGCGGAACCGGCGAGGAGACGGGGUCGAAGGCCCCGAGGCGGCGGUGUUGGCCGAGGGGCUCGGGGAGCCCGGGGCGGUCGGGGCCGGCGUCCUCGCGCCCAGCGGUCUCCAGCUCGGCGCACCCCGGACACAGUGCUGGUGGACCUGGUCAGCGACAGCGACGAGGAUUUCGUGGAGGUCGCGACUGCGCRCGGUGCUGCGGAGCCAGCUGAGGUCUCGUCCCCGAUUGUGGUCCCGUCUCCGGAGCCCCCAGUGCCGGCCGCACCCCGGGCCGACAGCGACAGCGACAGUGACAGUGAAGGCGCCGACGCGCGGCCUGCGGGAGCCCAGCGGACUCUGAUCCGGCGGCGGCGGCGGCUGCUGCUGGAUCCGGGGGAGGCGCCGGUGGUUCCGGUGUACUCCGGGAAGGUGCAAAGCAGCCUCCACCUCAUCCCAGAUCAUGUGUCCCUCCUGAAACUCUGCCCUGAAGGGGCUGAGGAAGAGGCAGAUGUGGCAGAUGCUAGCAGUCCCCACCCUGAGGAUCCCUCACAUCCAGGCUCUCCCUGGAAGAAGAAGCUGAGGAGUAAGGAUGAGAAAGAAGAGAAGAAAAAGAAGGUGUUUGAGGCUCGGGACACCUCUCCUCUGCCCGCACCUCCACCAAGGACAAAAAGCAGAAAGCAUACUCGGGCACUCCAGAAACUGAGGGAAGUGAACAAGCGCCUCCAAGAUCUCCGAUCUUCUCUGAGCCCCAAGCAGCACCAGGGCCAAGGCUGCCAGAGCCAAGACGACGAGGUGGUCAUAGUGGAGGGGCCCAUGCUUCCGGAGAAUCCCCGGCUCUUCCCACUCAAAAUCCGGUGCCGGGCUGACCUGAUCAGAUUGCCCAUCAGAAUGGUAAAUAUGUCGGAGCCCCUUCAGAGUGUGGUGGACCACAUGGCCACCCGUCUCAGGGUGUCCCCAAGCAGGAUCCUUUUGCUCUUUGGAGAGACAGAACUGUCCCCUACGGCCACCCCCAGGACUCUAAAGCUUGGAGUGGCUGACAUCAUUGACUGUGUGGUGCUAGCAAGUUCUUCAGAGGCCACAGAGACAUCCCAGCAGCUCCGUCUCAGGGUGCAGGGGAAAGAGAARCACCAGAUGCUGGAGAUCUCGUUGUCUCAGGAUUCUCCUCUCAGGACCCUCAUGUCACACUACGAGGAGGCCAUGGGACUCUCUGGACACAAGCUGUCUUUCUUCUUCGAUGGGACAAAGCUUUCAGGCAAGGAGCUGCCGGCUGAUCUGGGCAUGGAAUCUGGGGACCUCAUUGAGGUCUGGGGCUGAAACCCUGUUUGGAGGCCCCUCCAGGACUUGGGGACAAAGCUUUUUUGCCCUCUCAGGGUUAGCAGAAGCUGAGUUAGAACUUAUCAAGGAAUGAACUUUGACUCCAUCUCCUGUUGACCCUGGUCUCCAGCCUAGCUGCUUGGUUAGUUGUGUAGUGGUCGUGGCUGCCCUGGGGGCCUGUGGCUGCAUGACAGGUCCUGCUGAAUCGUGCAGUCCCCAGGACAUGGAGAAGMUGUCUCCCCCCUCAUCUCUCACCUUCAUCUCCUGUCUCUUCCUCCAAAUGUCUGUUCUAUGAACUGUUGCUCUUAUUCAAAGAGUGACUUGAAGUAAAUGAGGGUUGGGUUAUGGGCUUCCAGGCCUGGGACACAGGGCCUUAGAUCACAUCAAGGACCAACAGCGGCCUUAUCCUCAUUUGGGGGCUGGGAAUGCAGUUUGCUGGGGGCACGUUCUCCAGAGUGGGGUCUGGGCUGCAGCUUAAGCCCUAGAACACUCUCGAAGAACAAAGGUACCAGGGUCUCAGCCACGGCAUCUCCUCUCCCCAGGACCCUUUAGAGCYCCCUUUCUGGUACACACUUCCUGGUGCACACACUUGAGGCAGAACUGAACACAGCCAUUUGGUUUUGGACUUUGGGAUCACAGUCCCGUGCAAGGAUCCUGGUUUUGUGGCGUUUCUGCCUUUCUUCCCACCAUCCUGUCCCAUCGGCACCCUGUUUGUUUAUUCUAUAUCUUUGAAUAUCACUGUGUCCUUAUAGGAUACGGUGUUCAGGAGUGAAUAUGCUUUUACUGUUGUGUGAGAUUGUGGUGCAAUAGGUUUCACUCAGCAUGUGUGGAGCUGGAGCCUCUGCUCAUUCUAGAUCUGUCACGUGGUACCCCAUAGGGGCAUCGACGCAUUUCACUCACACGUUGCCUUAAGUAGCGGACACCGGGGUGCCACCACCUCCUGGCACCACUUUCCAGGCCACGAUCAACAUCCUUUUCGGUGUCCCUUCUGCGCUCGUGUGAAACUUCUCUGGCAUACACACCCAGGAUGGGGUUACGGGUCACACAGGCUAAUCUCUCUGGCCUUCCACUGGAGGCUUCCUUCCUCCUCAUCCUCCCCGGCACUUGGUACUGCCCAACUGUCUGGUUUUCGCCAGCCCGGUGGGCCCAAGGGGCACAGCGUUUAAUGUAUUCCCAUUGGAUCACCAGUAAUUUGGGGGAUCUUGUCGCCUGCCCCUCGGCCCCGCUGGCUGCUCUAGGAAUGGCUCCUUUCCCACAGGACUUCCUUUUUGUGUGUUGUGUGUGUUUACUCUGAGGAGUUCCUCAUAUAUUUCUGGGUAAUUGCAAAUAACUCAGAAUGGCACUUUGUGAACCUAGGGAUCCUUCACCGAAUAGACAUUCUUAAUUUUAAGGUAGACACAUUGUUUUGUUUUGAAGUUUGUUGCUUUUUGAUUUAUUUGAAAUUAGUUAAGAUAUUUUCGUUUUCUUAUGUUAGCUCAUUUCUUUUCCUUUCACGUUGAGUCCGCAGAGUUCGGCUUGGUCCAGCUAGGACACCCUGGGCAGUGCCCUGGCUGGCCACUGUUCUGAGCGGUCCAGCACUGGUUCUCACUAGUUAAUGCCAGGCUCUGCUGGUUGGAAAAGAUUAAACAUCACCUUUAAACUAUUUGAUAUGUACCUUUGUGUGUGAGACCAAGUUUUAUUUUUUAUCAUAGAAUGAGCCAUUUUUCUCAGUUUUGUCUACUAAAAAAAGCCAUUAAUCUUUCACUGAUAUGUGGUAUAAUUUUUUCAAAAGUAUGUCAACUCCUUAAAAAUGUUUUUGUUGGACUGCAGCAUUCCUUUGAAUUUUAUAGCAUGUAAAUAAUCCAUGUAUAGUCUAGCUCUCCAUCUUUUUUUGCAGAAUUUUUGUAUCCAUUAGUAAGUUUGAGCACAUAAAAAUUAUGUAUUCAAUCUCAACAGAAUAAAUGGGAGUAAACUUGUAUAUACUUAAGGAUUUCCAUCUUUCUGGUCCUCAUGUGACCCCUCCACUAAGAUACUUGUGACAGAAUCCAUUAUUUAUUCCCUCACAUCCAUUCUUCUCCCUUCCAAAGUAACAGAACUCAUGGCUUUUAGUGAAGUACAGAGAACCUCAAUAAAGAGUCAUCAGCUCUCUGGGUCUGUGAAACUGCAUCUUGUAGAUUCAACCAACAGUGGGUGCAAAUAUUAGGGGAAAUAAAUUCUCUCUGUGCUAAACAGGUACAGAUUUUUUUGUCAUUAUUCCCUGAGCGAUGCAGUAUUCAGUACUGUAUGUCAUCAAGCUAGAUGUGACCAAGGGCCAAUUCAGGCCUGCCGGGUGGAAGUGGAAGAGGAGUGCUGCUACUUCCAGGAAGUGGCUUUAGCAGGCAGCGCGUGUCCGUGUCCUUCCCCUUUGCUUACUUCCUGCCUGCUGCCUAGGAGUAGAGCAGUUCUAUGGACAAGAGGGGACCUUCACAAUGGGAGCCACAUGGGAGGACAAUGAGGAAGGGACCUGGGGCUCACUCUCCACGUAGGCACCUUGCCAGCCCCACAGCAUUGACCUGGGGUAGUUACUUUACAGUAGUCCCCCCUUAUCUUCAGGGUAUAUGUUCCAAGACAAUCCCCCAUCAAUGUGUACCUAAUGCUGUACACACUGUUUUUCCCUAUAAAUACAUAGCUAUGAUUUAUCAGUUAGACUUUAGUUUACAAGUUAGGCACAAUAAGAGAUCAACAACUAAUAACCA